AUGUUCUCAUCUCUGUGUGUCCUCUGCUCUCUGCUGGACCUGAGCGCCGGACGCUGGGACUGGACGAAGGUGGAGAUUAAUGAUGCUGGAUACAGAGGAGCGUUUAAACCCAAACCUCCUCCUCACAUCAUCUUCAUCCUGACCGAUGAUCAGGGCUUUAACGACGUGGGCUAUCACAACGCGGCCCUGCACACCCCCACCCUGGAUAAACUGGCUGCUGAGGGGGUGCGGCUGGAGAACUAUUACGUUCAGCCGCUGUGUACGCCGUCACGUAGCCAGCUCAUCACCGGCAGGUAUCAGAUCCACACCGGACUGCAGCACUCCAUCAUCCGUCCCCGUCAGCCGAGCUGCAUCCCUGAGAGCGUCUCCACCCUCCCACAGCGCCUCCAGGAGGCCGGAUACUCCACUCACAUGGUGGGGAAGUGGCACCUGGGCUUCUACCGUAAACACUGCCUGCCCACGCGCCGCGGCUUCCACACCUUCUUCGGGUCGCUCACAGGAAGUGUGGAUUAUUACACCUUCCAGUCGUGCGAUGGAAAAGCGCUGUGCGGCUUCGACCUGCACGACGGCGAGUCCGUGGCCUGGAACCGGACGGGGAAGUACGCCACGCACCUGUACACGCAGAGGGUGCGCAAAAUAUUAGCCAUGCACGACCCGGCCGAACCCAUUUUUAUUUUCCUGUCUCUCCAGGCUGCACACGCUCCGUUAAAACCGCCCAAACCGUACAUUUACCCCUACAGGGGGAUGGGGAACGUGCCACGCCGGAAAUACGCAGCGACGAUAUCUGUGGUGGAUGAAGCGGUGCGGAACAUCACGUACGCGCUACGGAAGUACGGAUACUACCGCAACUCUGUCAUCGUGUUCUCAUCGGAUAACGGAGCACAGCCGUUCACCGGCGGCAGCAACUGGCCUCUCAGAGGGAGGAAGGGAACGUACUGGGAGGGCGGGGUCCGAGGGGUGGGGUUCAUACACAGCCCACUGAUACGCCACAAGCGCAGAAUCAGCAAAGAGCUAAUCCAUAUCACGGACUGGUUCCCGACUCUGGUGCGACUGGCCGGUGGAAACGUUUCCCAGGAGCAGAAUCUGGACGGAUUUGAUAUCUGGCCGGUCAUCAGCGAGAAUAAAGCGUCGGCCAGAUUCGAAAUCCUGCACAACAUCGAUCCGCUGCACCGCCAAGGGUUCAGGUUCCCUCAGGGUGGCAAAGGAAUCUGGGAUACCGCGGUUCAGGCUGCCAUACGAGUGGGAGAUUGGAAGCUCCUGACCGGAGAUCCUGGUCACGCCGACUGGAUCCCUCCUCAGGUUCUGACCGGCUUCCCGACCGGCUGGUGGAACCUGGAGCGGAAGAGUUCGGAGGAAGAGAAGAAGUCGGUCUGGCUGUUCAACAUCACGGCGGAUCCGUGCGAGCGCAACGACCUGGCGGAGAAACGACCCGACGUGGUCAAGAAGCUCCUGCUGCGUCUGGCCCUCUACAACAGCACCGCCGUUCCCAUCCGAUACCCGCCGGACGACCCGCGCGCCGACCCGCAGAAGAACGGAGGAGCGUGGAGACCCUGGGUGAAGGACGAGGAGAACGAGGUGAACUGGGACGGCGUUUAUUACAAACGCGGCCUGAACCGGAAGAGGAAGAAAUGCCGACUGUGCAAAAUCCAGUCGUUCUUCAAGAAGCUGAACAGAAAGAUCCUGGUGAACAGGAUCUAG